AUGGGAGCACCAUACGACUUCGCGCCCGAGCGGCCGGAUCACAUCCAGCAGAUCCUCGAUGGCCUCGAUCGAUACAACCCAGAGACAACGGGUGUCUUCCAGGACUAUGUCAUGCAACAGUGCGAGAGCCAAACGUACGACUGCUACGCCAACCUCGCUCUCCUGAAGCUUUACCAGUUCAACCCGCACCUCUCGCGCGAUGAGACCGUCACCAACAUCCUCGUCAAGGCUCUCACCAUGUUCCCCAGCCCCGACUUUGCUCUCGGCCUUUCGCUCCUGCCCAGCCACCUCCUCGCACCCCUCAACUCCUCAGCACACAACCCCGCAGCCGGUGAUGCGCCGCUGUCAGAAGCAGUCCAGAAGCUCAACGAGCUGAGGAAUUUGCUCGAGGGUGCUGACUACGCCACCUUCUGGUCCACCCUGGACUCGGACGACCUGUACGCCGACUUGAUCGCCGACGUGUCAGGCUUCGAGGAGCUGAUGCGCGUCCGCAUUGCGGCCACAGUCAGCCAGGCGGUACGAGAGGUCGACAGGAGCAUCUUGGAGUCGUGGUUGAACCUUGAAGGUAGCGACUUUGAGCACUUCGUGGGCAGCGUAUGUGGCUGGACCAUUGAGGGUGCCAAGAUCAAGGUGCCCAUGAACAAGGACAACGAGGCCAAGGGCACCGUCGUAAGGGAGAAUGUCAAGUUCGACCAAUUUGCGAGAGUGAUCAAGCGCGCUUACGAGCAACCUGCAUGAUCAAUUUCACUACGACUAGUUACGGCAUGAUAUCAUGGUUACGAAGCCCCAAAAGGGAUUGGUUCGCAAACGGCGUUGGAAGGAAACGGCACCUAGGACAGCAUGCAGAGUAAGUGUCCAUGUUAGACUGACGGAGAAGAAUUCUCCAUACUCCGACGAUACCCUCCAGAGCAUCAGCAUUGAUCCUGAAAAAAGGGCUCUAAGACAGGGCGCGUACAGCGUGCUCGACGUGAAUACAAACGACUGUUCGUCUGUUCACAGCGACAU